GUUGAGGAUCAACUCUCAAAAAACUGCCAAUUUCAACAUGUCAAACCGGCGAAUUGAAGACUUCAUUUUUGACCCUAGCACUAUGUUCCAUCAGCAACUCCUUAUGCCUUCCACCAUUUCUCAAACAACGCCCUCAAGCGUCAAAAUUCACCAUCAAAUGAACCCGAAGACUCCGGGUCCUCGGAGAACCAGGAGUUACACAAAUGUUCACUCCAUCUUAAUUACAGUUCUCUGUUGUCUUUGUCUUUCUACGAGUUUCGUCAAGGCAUGGGAUCCCAAUGAACAUCAAAUAAACACGGUUGAAACCCACUUUUACGUCUCGGAGAACCGUCACGAGAACUCUCUAGUUUACAGUUUGAGGGAUUCCAUGAGUUGGGUUGGACAGCCGUACCAAUACAGCAUGAGAGACCCUAACUCCCAUUUCGACAUCGACAACGAAGGCCGAAUUACUCUCAUCAAACUAAUCGACUACGAAAAGACGAGCCAGGAGAAGUUUGUAGUUAGUGUGUUUAACACACAGACAAACAUACAAGAGUAUUAUGUUAACGUGAUUGCUGAUGUGUUCGACGAGAAUGAAGCCACUCCCACUUUUAUUCCGCCAACAAUCGAGGUUGAGUUCGAUCAUUUUCCGGAGACUGGCGAGUUUAUAGCACAGGUACAGGCGACCGACGAAGAUACAGAGGACAUACCGAGACUCCGAUUCAGCAUCAAAGAUGACCGAUUCGCUAUAGACCAACGAAGUGGUAAGAUCACAGCAGCCAGCUCACUCGAGUCUUACUACACCACUCCCACCCGCCCUAGACCUUUCUCUUCUGGAGUGGAACCCACGUUCCAACCCAUGGAACACUUCAAACGUCUCACUAAAAUAGAGCUCAAAGUGUUCGUAUCUGAUGGACAGAAAAGCAAUCCUGGGCUCGUUAUCAUUACAAUUCACCAUCCCCAGGAGUCUAGUUUCGAAGCGAUUUCUGCAGAGGCUGAACCUAGCGAGCCGGUGAACCCUAGAAUCGUACACAGGACAAGCCAACAGAACGAUCUUUCCACCUUAAUGAUAGCCAGCCUGCAAUCUCCAGAGGUGAUGAUUGUGAUUGGUCUGGCGGGAAUUCUGCUAGUUGUUGUGAUUGUAGCCGGAAUAACAACAAUGGUGUGCAUAAACAGAUCCAACCGGUUCUCGAAUGGAAUGCGACCCAAUAGAGUUUACUACUAUGGCAAUGGGACUAACGGACAGCAGCCACCUAGUACUACCAACUCACAGAAUAUUACACAGAGUCUAUACAUUUACGGGGAUGGCGGAAGGUUAAAUAACAACCGUGACAUGCGGGACUACAUGCGACCUUGAUAUCGACCCAGCUGCUGUUAAGCAACUCUGACUUUGCCCAUGAGUUUGACCUGCCACUUGACAGCAGUUCCUGAUGAGUCUCCGAUCUCAUCGCGAGCUACUGAGUGCUGCCAUCCUUUGGCACGACGUGCAUCUAUCUCUCAACUCGAUGUUGACACACGACAAUUACAAAAUGAACUGCCUUGACCUUUUGGGUGACACAGUUUCGCAAUAGACUUGCGCUGCUAUUUUACACAUUUCAUUUUGCUUUCCUACUAUUUUUAAGUUAUCAAAUAAAGCUCCGAAACAAU